AUGACGGGACGGGCCGAGACGCGAACCCCUGAACCGCCCGACCGCGACGAACACGAAAAAUCACCACCUCGGUUGUUGAGGCCGAGACGCGCCACCAGACCACCCAACAAUUAUGUCCAAGAGCAAGAACUCGAUAUCGAACAAACCAACGCACGUGCCCAGCAGAAAAAGAAGGCCCAGAGCAAGGCAGUAGCCCAACGUGAAGCGGUCGCCUCGGAAUCAUCAACAGAGAGCGAGGACCCGAACGCGUCGGAACUGUUAAAAGAACUUGUCAAACUUAGGAAGGAGAUCAGAAAGCGAGACCAAUCACACAAGGAAGAGCUUCAAAAAGUCAAAGAAGAAUUUAUCGCCCUCAAAGAAGAGUUUGGCGCCGCCCUUGCAGAAGUUCGACACGAGCUACAGACCCUGGCCGAUAGACCGGCGACACCGCAACCCCACCCCGAGUCGUACUCUCCGAACAACCAUGAUGCAAUUCUCCGCGAGAUCCAAUCCCUACGUGAGGAAAUCAGCGUCCCCGCCCCCACGAGUUCCACGUCCUAUGCAGAUGUCGCCCGUACUCCUCCGACCAGUUCCCCGAGUAACAUACGGACUCUUUCAACGCUGAACACAACACCAACUACUUUCACUGACACGCUAUACUGCACGAUAGACACUUCAAAUAUGACCGAAAGUGAGGGUGAGAGGGUAUCCGCAGGCUCAAUCAGAGCCACAAUCGAGAGAGAGAUCCAGACGAUGGAUGAUCGCACUCACUGGCGCUGCCGCGCGGUCACUGUGAGCCCAAGAAAUACCAAUCGGAUCAGAAUCGCGUGUCGCGAUGAAGCCGAACACCAGCUAGUGAAGAAAGUGGUGGAAGCAAAGAUCGAUGCGGGAGCCCGAGUGCUCCGGGAUGAGCUCUACCCGAUCAAGGUCGACAGCGUUAAGAGGACUGCAGUACUGGAUGAGAACCAUGAAAUCCUAACAGGAGCGGCGGGAGCCGUGGGUGAGGAGAACGCGGCUACUGUAGCUAAAUUGACAUGGCUGAGCAGCAAGGAAGCCGCAAAACCUUAUGGAUCGAUGGUCGUGUACCUAACCAAAGGGAGCGACGCGCGGAGGCUCCUGGCCGAUGGAUACUUCCAUGUCGGAGGAGAAUCCGGGACCACUAGCGUCUUUGAGUAUCGGCCACGACCGGUGCAAUGUUAUAACUGCCAGGAGAUUGGCCAUAAGGGAUUCCAGUGCAAGAAUGCCCAGAAUGCGUACCAUGCGGAGGCCCUCACGAAUCCUACAGCAAGAACUGCCGGAAGCUCUAUCCAUCACGUCAUGAAUAAUUCUCUUCGAAUAAUUCAGCUGAAUGUGAGGAAACAGGGUGCAGUGCACGAGAGUUUAAUGAACGAUGAAGACACUCGGAACGCAGUGGCGCUAGCGAUUCAGGAACCCCAAGCGAGGAGGAUUCAAGGCCAGCUGUUGACCACCCCGAUGGGGCAUCACAAGUGGACAAAGAUGGUGCCCUGCAUGUGGAGGGAAGGGAGAUGGGGAAUCCGGAGCAUGUUAUGGGUCAACAAAGAAGUCGAAGCGGAGCAAGUCCCAGUGGAGUCCCCGGACCUCACAGCAGCGCUGAUCAGGCUCCCCGAGCGACUGAUUUUCAUGGCAUCAGUCUACGUAGAAGGAGGCAAUGUCUCAGCCCUGGAAGAUGCGUGCAAUCGCUUACGCGACGCGAUCACAAAGGUACGACGAGAGGCGGGCGCUGUGGCGGAGGUUCUGAUUGUGGGGGACUUCAACCGACACGAUCAACUUUGGGGUGGAGAGGAGGUGUCGCUGGGAAGACAAGGAGAAGCGGAUCCGAUCAUCGACCUCAUGAAUGAAUUUGCACUCAGUAGCUUGCUCAAACGCGGCACCAAGACAUGGCACGGCGGCGGACAAAGUGGAGACUGCGAGUCCACCAUUGACCUCGUCCUAGCUUCGGAAAAUUUGACGGAAUCCAUGACGAAAUGUGCUUUACUCGACACAGACCACGGCUCGGACCACUGCGCAAUUGAGUCCGUAUUCGACACGCAGUGGUCGGGCCCAAGGCAUCAAGAACGGCUUUUGCUGAAGAAUGCACCGUGGAAGGAGAUUAAUGCUAGAAUCACGAGUGCUCUAGCCAUCCUUCCGUCAGAGGGUACAGUGCAGCAGAAAACCGACCGACUCAUGUCAGCAGUGUCCGAAGCGGUGCACGCUUUAACGCCGAGGGCGAAACCUUCACCACAUGCGAAGCGAUGGUGGACAGAUGACCUCACUCAGCUCCGUCAUAUAUACACGUACUGGAGAAACCGUGCUCGCUCCGAGCGACGGGCGGGUCGGAAAGUGCCUCGGCUUGAAAAAACGGCUCAAGAUGCGGCCAAACAAUACCACGAUGCCAUCCGCAAACAAAAGAAGAAGCACUGGAAUGAGUUUCUCGCAGACAAUGACAACAUCUGGAAGGCCGCCAAGUACCUCAAGUCGGGAGACGAUGCAGCGUUCGGGAAGAUCCCGCAGCUCUUAAGAGCGGAUGGAACUACUACCAACGAUCACAAGGAGCAAGCGGAGGAAUUGCUAUCCAAAUUCUUCCCACCUUUACCAGGGGACAUCGAUGAGGAGGGAAUGAGACCACAAAGAGCGGCCGUGGACAUGCCAGCCAUCACUAUGGAAGAGAUAGAACGACAGUUAUUUGCAGCGAAAUCGUGGAAGGCUCCGGGAGAAGACGGCCUACCGGCGAUCGUUUGGAAGAUGACCUGGCCCACAGCCAAGCACAGGGUCCUCGAUCUUUUUCAAGCCUCGCUGCAAGAGGGCUCACUGCCAAGACAGUGGAGACACGCGAAGAUUAUACCGCUCAAGAAACCGAACAAAGAUGACUACACCAUGGCAAAGGCAUGGAGGCCUAUCUCACUCCUUGCGACACUCGGAAAGAUACUCGAGUCGGUGGUCGCAGAGAGGAUCUCGCACGCGGUGGAGACUCACGGACUGCUCCCGACGAGCCAUUUUGGAGCGCGAAAGCAGCGGUCCGCAGAGCAAGCACUGGUGUUCCUGCAGGAGCAAAUCUAUGCGGCAUGGCGCGGCCGGCGGGUGCUGAGCCUGAUCAGCUUCGAUGUUAAAGGAGCCUACAACGGAGUAUGCAAAGAACGACUGAUCCAGAGGAUGAAAGCCCGAGGCAUACCGGAGAUCUUGCUUCGUUGGGUAGAGGCCUUCUGCUCGGAACGAACGGCGAACAUCCUGAUUAACGGGCAACUAUCUGAGACUCAAAGCUUGCCACAAGCUGGACUGCCGCAGGGCUCGCCCUUGUCUCCGAUUCUAUUUCUCUUCUUCAACGCAGACCUUGUGCAAAGGCAGAUCGACAGCCAGGGAGGAGCAGUCGCCUUUGUGGAUGAUUUUACCGCAUGGGUGACUGGACCGACUGCGCAGAGCAACCGGGAGGGAAUUGAAAACAUUGUCAACGAGGCGCUCAAUUGGGGAAAGAGAAGCGGAGCGACAUUCGAGGCCGACAAGACGGCCAUCAUACACUUUGCUCCCAAGAUGCGCAAAUCGGACCAUUCACCAUUCACCAUCAAGGGGCAGACAGUGGUACCAAAAGACCACGUCAAGAUCCUGGGUGUCGUGAUGGACACAAGACUCAAGUAUAAAAAACAUAUUGCGAGGGCAGCGUCUAAGGGUCUUGAAGCAGCGAUGGAGCUUCGGCGACUCCGUGGUCUAUCCACGGCAACUGCGCGGCAGCUAUUCACGUCGACAGUGGCACCAGUUGUGGACUAUGCCUCCAACGUGUGGAUGCACUCGUGCAAGGAUAAAGCCAUGGGGCCGAUCAACCGAGUCCAAAGAGUAGGAGCGCAAGCCAUUGUGGGGACAUUUCUCACGGUCGCGACUAGUGUCGCAGAGGCGGAGGCUUACAUAGCUACUGCGCAGCGUCGAUUUUGGAAACGAGCCGUGAAGAUGUGGACAGACAUCCACACUUUGCCGGAUACCAAUCCUCUCCGCCGGUGCACCGAUCAGAUCAGAAAGUUCAGAAGAUACCACCGCUCACCGUUAUAUCACGUAGCCGAUGCGCUUAAGCAGAUCGACAUGGAGACUUUGGAAACGAUUAACCCCUUCACGCUAGCCCCGUGGGCGGAACGCGUUCAGACUGACAUUGAUGGACAGCACGAGUCCCCGGCCGAAGCAGGCGGGUACGUGCAGGCCGCGGUUAGCAGCUCGGCACGGAACGAACUGGUGGGGUUUGGAGUGGCCAUCGAGAAGCGGCCACCUCGAAUUCGAAAGCUCAAGCAUAAAGCGCUGUCCAUCACCUUGGCUGCAAGAGCGGAGCAGAAUCCAUUCUCUGCAGAACUGGCAGCCAUGGCACACGUAUUGGGCACGCUGGCGGGACUGAAAGACCACACGAUCACACUGCUCACAAGCAACAAAGCGGCGGUUCUCAUGCUGAGGAAUCCCCGACAACAAUCCGGCCAGGAGUUCGUGUGUCGGAUAUACAAGUCGAUUAAGAAGUUGCAAAGAAACGGGAAUCGUGUCAAAUUCCGCUGGAUUUCCACCAGUGAAGACAAUAAGCUGCUAGGUCUGGCUAAAGCACAGGCGCGAGCCGCAACGCAACAAGAUGCCCCCUUACAAAAACGCGCCCCGAGAAUGAAAUCAACCACACUUAAUCUCGCACGGUCUCAGGCAGUCCCUGGACAUAGCCUGCCAAUGAACGUUGGGAAACACGCCAAACGAAUAGAUGCAGCACUUCCAGGAAAACACACACGACUGCUGUAUGAUCGCUUAUCGUGGAAAGAAGCGACUGUGCUAGCCCAACUCCGGACUGGCAUGGCUAGACUCAAUGGGUAUCUCAAUCAAAUCAAUGUAGCAGAAACGGACCAAUGCGAUUGCGGACAAGCGAGAGAGACCGUGGAGCACUUCCUCUUCCGAUGUCGGAAGUGGACUGCCCACCGGACGGAAAUGUUACAAUGCACCCAGAUUCACCGCGGAAAUAUUUCCUUCUUUCUAGGAGGGAGACAGCCUUCUGAUGAUCAGAAGUGGACGCCAAACCUAGAGGCAGUACGGGCCUCUAUACGUUUCGCCAUUGCGACAGGCCGACUCGAGGCCACUUAA